UGCGAAAAGCACGCAAAAUGAACUAGUUAAAUUUUAUCCCAUCAACGGAAAAUUUUCCAACAUGAAUAUCCGCGUUGAGCCCGUUCUCAUUAGUUUUAUAUUUUUGACAUUGAUCCAAGUGUCGGUGAAUUGUCAAAAAUCACAAACGUGCUGUGAGAAAUAUUGCUAUGAAUUCGACAAUGUUCGACCACAGGAAGAAUUUUUCUCUUCGAAAACUUCCUAUUUCAUUGGAAAACAUGCAGAUUUAGGCAAAGACUUUCAUGUACCAAACUGUACUCCGAUCAAAAUUUGGCUUUAUAUAAGACACGGUUCCAGACUACCAAAAACCAGAGAAAUGAAACGUUUGAGUCAACUGGAAGAGUUGAGAGACGAAAUUAUUGCAAAUUAUGAAGAGCGUAACUCACAACCAGUCAUUGGUGCCAUGUGUAAAAAUGAUAUAGAUCUGCUGAAAACAUGGCGCUGGGAUAGCAAUAUUACCAGCGAAUAUAAUGAAUAUCUCACUGUCCAAGGAUGGAAUGAGGCAAAAAUACUUGCACAUCGAUAUCGCAAACAUUUCCCGAAUAUUUUCCAAGACAAUUACGACGAAAGCAAGUUCAUAUUCCGUUAUACAGACGUUCACCGUACUGAAGCUUCAUUCAAAGCAUUCACAGAAGGUCUUUUUGGAGAAAAUGCAUCCGAUUACAUUCUAACACCACCGAUGGAAGAAAAUAAGAAAAUGAUGAUGCCGUACAAAUUCUGUCCAACCGACAAAGAGGAAACUGCUGGUGAAAAUUCGGAAUAUGGAAAAUAUUUGAAAUCAGAGAUCAUGAAACAAUUGGUAUCUGAUGUGUCUCAGCGACUUGGUUUCAAAAAACCCCUGGAACUGAGACAAGUGAUGGAUAUGUACGAUAUGUGCAUUUAUGACCAAUCAUUCAAUAUGAGUGAGUCGAGCCCAUGGUGUACGGCAUUUACUCCAUCACAAAUUUACGAUCUUGAAUAUCCUGAGGACCUUCGUAAAUAUUAUGAGAGUGGACAUGGACGUGAAGCAAACGCUCGUUUUCUGUGUGAACUUAUGAACGAUAUGCUUGGACAUCUAGGAAACAAUGAGCAACCAAAGGCUGUCGUAUUCUUGUCACACUCAUCAAGUUAUCUCCUCCUUUUGUCUUCAUUGGGAGCAUUCAAGGAUUCGGAACCACUUCUUGCUGACAAUUAUCAUCGCUUGGCCGAUAGAAAGUGGCGCCUGAGCAAAAUUGCACGACUUGCAUCGAACUUUGCUGCCGUUAAAUAUUACUGCCCGAACGAAGUUGAAAAACGAAAGGUCAAAUUCUUCAUUAACGAAGAGCCACUCGAGUUAGAGGGUUGUGAUGGGGGAAUGUGCGACUGGAACGUAGUCAAAGAUCGCUAUAAAAUUUAUUCGGAAGUUGACUGUGACGAAUACUACUGCACCAAAUCGAAAACUCCAACUGGAGCUGCAGCUGGAAGUGGAACUACAACGGAGUCUGCAGCCAAUGUACCAUCAUCAUACAUUUUCCUGUUUGUCACUGCUCUUGUCACUUUAGUUGCAACAUCUUUUAACGCAAUCUUUUAAAUUCCAUGAAAGUUUCGCAAUUCUUCGUUUCAUUCAACCUACUCUUUAAGACUCGCCGAUACACAAACUUAAUUAUUGUUAUCAACGUAUAAACGUGUAUUACAUAUAUAUUGUAGUUUGUAAAAUAUUAUUCGUGAAUAAAUGUUCGGAAG